GACUGUAACCAAACGCCUCCAAAUCUACUCGCACGCCGCGGCGGACCCACAAGCUUAGAAGAAAUUAGGAAUUUGGGACACAAGCAAACAGUUCAAUAGCAUUCACAGUUCGAUAAUGGAAGACGAAGAAGGGGGAAGGUUCAAAUUGAGCAAGAGAUUUUCAGACAAAGAAGGAGAGGUUGAUUACAGGACCAAGGCCGGUACCGCAUGGUCACACUCGUUCCUCAACCAGAAACCAUGGCACCCUCUUUCAUAUCCCAAUCAGCGUCGCAAGUGGAUCGCCGAGCAAACCCACGCCCAGAAACAGCGCCGCACGGAGGAGGUCUCCCGCGAGUAUGCUCAAGAGCAGGAUUUUUUUCGGCAGACUGCGCUUAUCUCCAAGAAAGAGAAAGAAAAGUUGGAGAUGAUGAAAGCUGUAAGCUUUAUGUAUGUAAAACCUCCUGGUUACAAUGCGGAGAGUGCAAAAGCUGCAGAGAUGGUGGUUGAGGGAAAGAAGCAGGACCAAAGUAUUAGUGCCUCUGAGGAGCCAUCUCUUGCUGGAGCCUCAUCAUCAGUGAUGACAGAGUCUAUGCCCUCUGCUCAGGAGAAAAAGAAACCAAGGCCAAAAGAUGUAUUUGGCCGCACUUUACCAACAGAAGAACAAUUUGAAGUCCUUAAAAAUGCUCCAAGGUUAGAAACUGGUGCUCCUGCCAGGGUGAAACCCUUUGGAGUCGAGAUACGGAAUGUGAAGUGUCUGAGAUGUGGAAAUUUUGGUCACCAAAGUGGCGAUCGUGAAUGUCCAUUGAAAGAUGCUAUAAUGCCUAAUGAGGAGAAUCGAUUGAAAAGAGAUGAUCCUUUGACUGCUAUACUGGCUCAAACCAAUCCUAGCGAGCCUCUAAAGUGGGAGCUGAAACAGAAGCCCGGUAUGAGCCCUCCUCAUGGUGGAUUCAAUCCUGAAGACCCCAAUCAGCAGAUAGUUGCCGAGGACAUUUUCGAUGAAUAUGGAGGGUUCCUGGGCGGGGUCGAUCUACCUGAGUUGCUGACCAACUUUUCUUCAAGCAAACCCAAGAAGAAGUCAGGUAAGAGCAAGCACAAGAGGUCAUUGCCAUCUAGUCCGGAAUCGGGUGAUCAUCGAGAAAGAGGGUCAUCUUCUUUUGCUGAUAAGUUGAGAAGAUCAAAGAAGAAACACAAGAGAAGCAAGCAAAAACAUUCCGAGUCGAGUUCGUCAGAGAGUUCAGAUGAUGGUAGGUAUCAGAAGAGGAGCAGAAGACGCAGGCAUCAUCAUUCAAGCUCUUCUGAGGUUUCAGACUCGGGUAAGCAGCAUACAAGUAAACACCGCCAUCGCCAUCCCCAUCCCCAUCCCCAUCGCCAUCACCAUAGGCAUCGGCAUCAGUGAAAUAGCUCUAAUUCUUCAUCUGAUCGAUCGUCUCCAACGUUAUCCUUUUCCGUAACAGCAGAGGAAAUUGAAGAAAAAGGCUAUUUGUUUCUUACGUGCUGAAGAGAUCCUCGAUGGCUAAUAUUGUGUAUCUUGACUUUCAUUUCUUAUUUAAGGGUAGGAAAAGAAAAGGUUCUUGAUAUUAUUGGGCGUCUCUUGUGCAUCUUUAGUUGUUGUGUGCCCAUAAAUUUGCCAAAAUUAGUCAUGAUCCAAAAUUCAUACAGGUCCUUUGUAGAAACUCGUUAUUUCGAAAUAUUCUAGGGAUGAUUUUUAGGAAAGAAACGCAUUACUCUUUGUAUUAUCGUUUAAAAUACACUUUUUGUUAAUAUUUCUUUAUGUUAAGAUGUUCACUUGCACAAAAAA